AUGGGGUUUAUAAGUAAAGGGGCAAUAGUUUUUUCAUCAAUACUAGUGCUUUUAUCAGCCACAACAUGUGCAAUUGAUUCAGGGGAUAAAUUUGAAAAUAAAAAUAUAAAAUCGGCUACUUUUAUUUCUGAAAUGUUUGAAGUGGGUCCCGGAAAAGUCGCAUAUAAAAGUUUCUAUGAUAUUGAAUUUCCAAAGGGUCAUGUUGGAAUAAAGAGUUUUGAUGCUGAACUAGUUGAUGAAAAAGGAAAUUCUGUACCAUUAUAUGAAGCAUAUCUACAUCAUUUUUUUGCUAUAAAAUACCAUGCAAUAGAUUGGAAUAUGUCAAAAAUAACCCCUAAGGAUCCUUUGGAAGGUAACAUUUAUAUUAGAAAUGAUGGAACAUGUAAUACUUAUAUUCUGCCACAUUAUUGGGGUUUGGGAGGUGAAGCACGAGGAACAAAAUCAAAGAUUCCAGAUCCUUAUGCUGUAGAGCAUGGCAACCCUUCAACUAUUCCAUCGGGAUACCAAGAAAAGUGGCUCCUAAAUAUCAUGGUUAUUGAUACACGUGGAACAAAAGAUAGAAAACGUUGUACUGAAUGUAGGUGUAACCAUUUUAAUUUGCCAAAGAAUUUUUAUAACGUCACAUCUGGCAUCGAUGGCAAACCAUUGGGUUCCAAUUAUAAAGGAGGACUCUUUUGUUGCCAAGAUAAUUUACAGUGCAAAUUGAAAAAGGGUUUCGAAGCACCUACCAGAAAGCUUGCAUUGAGAUACAAAAUAACAUGGGUUGAUUGGAACCAACAACAAAUUCCUGUAAGAUUUUAUGUACUUGAUUCAACUGAUCGAGUUAGAAGAAAUGGUUCCCAAUUUAUUCAUGAUUGUCAGGUAGAGUUUACGGUUCCUCCAAAUAAUGGAAGAAAGAACUACCCUCCUCAUAUUGAGAAAGCAAACAUCCCAAUGGAAAAAGGUGGUUAUCUCAUAUACGGCACAGCUCAUAUGCAUGUUGGUGCAAUUAACGCAACUUUAUAUGGACAAGAUGGAAGGACUUUGUAUACCUCAAAACCAACAUAUGGAAAAGGAAAGGAACCGGGAAAUGAGAAAGGCUAUGUUGUCGAGAUGUCGGGAAGUUAUCCAGAGUUAGGUUCAAUCAAGAUUAAAGAUGGUGAAAUUGUGACUGUAGAAACAAGAUAUAAAAGUGGCUUUCGCACUGGAGCUAUGGGACAUAUGUAUAUCUAUUUGGCGGACCGAUUACCAUAA